CGCGGAUCUCUCUCCUACUCUAAAUCCAUGGUUCCUUCGUCGCACCCACGGGCACGAGAGCUUCGUCGCUGUUUCUAUCACGGUAUUGGGCUAAUGACAAGUCACCUACUGUUACAAUAGAUCCUCCAACAAACAAGUAAUCAAUGUGCAAGUCUUGUAUUUGUAUUCAUCAUUUCGUUUGACUUCUUAGUUGACCGGACCCAGUACGUACGUAAGCUUGGGAAACUUCAAUCAAAAUUUCGUUGCAAAUUUCCCAGAAGGACAGUAAGAAAAACUCAUGAGUUUGACGAAGCUGAGAGUUCUCACUUCUUUUCUCUGAUUAGUCUCUCAAAUAAAAAAAAAAAUCUCAGUCCUUGAUCGCUCCAUUGACUAAGAAGGUACGUACGUAUGGCUCGCAAUUGGAUAUACGACGUCUUUCCAAGCUUCAGCGGUGAAGAUGUUCGUCAAACAUUCCUCAGCCACUUUCUCAAGGAGUUAGAUCGGAAACUGAUAACUGCGUUUAAAGAUAACGAGAUCGAGAGAAGCCAAUCGCUUGAUCCAGAGCUUAAACGAGCCAUUAGGGGUUCGAGGAUCGCGGUUAUUAUCUUCUCCAAAAACUACGCUUCUUCGAGCUGGUGUUUAAAUGAGCUUCUUGAGAUUGUUCGAUGCAAAGAUGAAAGCAAUCGAUUGGUGGUGAUUCCUGUUUUCUAUGGCUUGGAUCCUUCUCAUGUUAGGAAACAGAUCGGAGAUUUUGGGAUAAUAUUUGAGAAGACUUGUCAGAACAGAACAGAGGAUGAGAUCAAUCUAUGGAGGAGAGCUUUGAUCGAUGUAGCUAACACUCUCGGCUAUCAUUCUACAAAUUGGGUUAAUGAAGCAAAAAUGAUAGAAGAACUCGCCAGUGAUGUUUUGGUUAAACUGAGUUUAAAUCCAUCAAAGGAUGAUGUUGAGGAUUUUGUUGGCAUUGAAGAUCAUAUAGGAGAGAUGAGUUCAUUGUUGCGUUUAGAAUCUGAAGAAGUGAGGAUGGUUGGGAUUUGGGGUUCUUCGGGAAUUGGCAAGACUACUAUUGCAAGAGCUUUAUUUAGUCGUCUCUCUCGUCAUUUCCAAGGUAGCGUCUACAUAGACAGUGCUUUUGUAUCCAAGUGCAGGAAGGAUUACCAUAAAGCCAACACAGAUGACUAUAAUAUGAAGUUGCAUUUGCAAAGAAAUUUCUUGUCUGAGAUAUUAGGGAAAAGGGACAUAGAGAUGGGUCAUAUUGGUGUAAUGGGAGAGAGGCUAAACCACCAUAAACUUCUUAUUGUUAUUGAUGAUUUGGAUGAUCAAGUGGUGCUUGAUGCCUUGGCUGGUCAUACUCAAUGGUUUGGACUUGGGAGCAAGAUCAUUGCUAUUACGAAAGAUAAACAUCUUUUGAGAUCCCAUGGGAUUUAUUGUAUUUACAAUGUUGGUCUCCCAUCUGAAAAGCAAGCUCUUCAGAUAUUUUGUCGAUAUGCAUUUAGGCAAGAUUCUCCACCCGAUGGUUUCAUGGAACUUGCUUCUGAAGUACAAAAGCGUGCGGGUAGUCUUCCUUUAGGUCUGAAAGUUUUUGGUUCGUUAUUUCGAGGCAGGAGCAAAGAGGAUUGGGUGGAUAUGCUGCCUAGGCUUCGGAAGAGACUGGAUGGAAAAAUUGAGAAGACUUUGAGAGUCAGCUAUGAUGAGUUUGAUAGCAGAGAAGAUAAAGCGUUAUUUCGUCACAUCGCAUGUCUCUUCAACGGUGCGAAAACUGAUUACAUCAAAAUGGUCCUCGCAGAUAGUGAUUUGGAUGUUAAUAUAGGGCUGAAAAACCUAGUUGAUAAAUCGCUCAUACAUGUAAGAGUAGGUAUUGUUGGGAUGCACUGUUUGGUACAAGAAAUGGGUAAAGAAAUCGUUCGUACACAGUCUAACGAACCCGGGGAACAAGAAUUCCUGUUGGAUUGUAAGGAUAUUUGCGAUGUACUUGAGGAUAAUACUGGUACCAAAAAAGUCUUAGGUAUAUUGUUGGAUAUGUCGGGGAUUGAUGAGUUGCAUAUUCAUAAGAGAGCCUUUGAAAAGAUGCGCAAUCUCUAUUUUCUAAAGAUAAACAGUAAACCAUAUAAAAAAGUCAGAUGGCACAUUUCCGAAGGGUUCAACUAUUUGCCCCCAAAACUCAAAGUACUAAGCUGGAUAGGAUGCCCACUAAGAUGUUUGCCUUCUAAGUUUUGUCCUCAACAUUUAGUUAAGCUCAAAAUGCAGAAUAGCAAGCUGGAGAAGCUGUGGGAAGGAGUUCAUCCUCUCACAGGUCUCAAGCGUAUAAAUUUCUCAGGAUCUAAAAGUUUGAAAGAAAUUCCAGAUCUCUCGAUGGCCACUUGUCUUGAGAAAUUGUUGCUCAGACAUUGCUCGAGCUUGGUGAAAAUUACUUCUUCUAUCAGGCAUCUCCAUAAACUAUUGGUGUUGGAAAUGAGUUGGUGCACAAAGCUUGAGGCCCUUCCGUCAGGAAUCAACCUUAAGUCUCUCAACAGGCUCGAUCUCGGUGGAUGCUCACGGCUAAGAAGAUUUCCUGAUAUCUCAAGUAAUAUUUCAUGGCUUAAUCUAAAUCGAACAGCUACUGAAGAAUUCCCCUCUAACCUGCGUUUAGAGAAUCUAAAAACUCUUCACAUGAAAGAAAUUAAGAGUCAGAAACUAUGGGAAGGAGUGCAGCCGCUUACAUGCCUCACGACGAUAGAUUUGUCGGGAUCUGAAAAGCUGAAAGAAAUCCCAAAUCUUUUGUUGGCAACCAAUCUUGAGUGGAUGAAUCUCGGGGGUUGCUCAUGUUUGGUGGAAUUACCAUCUUCAUCUGUUGAGAAUCUCAAUAAGCUGACUUACUUGAGCAUGGAAGAUUGCACAAAGUUGGAGGUACUUCCAACCGACAUCAAUCUUAAAUCUCUCGAGUGUGUUAAUCUCAGUGGAUGCUCAAAGCUAAGGAUAUUCCCUGAUAUCUCAAGAAACGUUCUUCUUCUCGUCCUAAACCAAACAGCCAUUGAAGAUAUUCCUUGGUGGGUCAACACAUUCUCUAGACUCAGAUGCCUACGUAUGAGAGAUUGCAACAGUUUUAAAUAUAAAUCAUCCACUUUUAUUAUUUUGAAACGUCUUAAGGAAGCUGACUUUCAAGACAGCGGGGAUUCCCAUGAUAUUUUCGACGAUGGUAAGGACUAUAAUAGUUUCUGCCGAUAUCAGGGCUGUGUAAGAAGAGUGGAAAAUAAAAUAGGAGAAAGGAAUAAUCAAUGGGUCUACAGGAGUUUUUCUCAGCUUUUAGCAUGCAAGAAUUUUGCAGAGAUUGAAACACUACUAACAGAAGUGGAUCCGAACAAAGAAAGAAAAGUUUUAGAGAUGUACUUGAGAGAUUAUUGCUAUGACUAUAAUAAUAACGAGAAAAGUUUCAUACGCCAGCGUCCAAGGCUAUGGCAAAAAUAUUUGAAAGAACAAGAAGUCGAUGUACGGCUACAGGCACGGGAAAGUGAUAAGGAUGCAGCUAUCUAUGCUCAUAAGUUUAUUCUGUCUGCAAGAUCAGAGGUGUUUAUGAAGAUAUUUGAAUCAGACAAAUUUAAGGCUUCUUCGAAGCUGGAGACAAUCACUCUGUCAGAGCUGAAACAAAAAGAGUUGGAGGUUUUUGUUGAGUACAUCUACAGCGACGGCUUUAUGCUCUCAGAGAAAGCAAAGCAACACGUUAGAUCACUCUAUCGUGCAGCUGACAAAUAUGAGAUGUUGUAUCUAUGUGAGCUAUGCAGAAAGGAGCUUGUAUCUCGUAACUCUUUGAGUGCUCAUCAAGUUCUUCCCCAAUUCAUCACUCUCAGAAACAUCAAACUUGCGCUUUCUAUCUCUACGAGGUUAAGGUCUUCGUCGCCAAUCACCCGAAUGGUCUCUGACUCCUAUAGAUUACGAGAACUAUUUUUCCUCGUAAAUGACAGUACGUGGGUAAUAUGAUUAAAUUUCGUUAUUGAUAGAAUAUAAAAACCACUGUUUAAUUUCGUCGUUUCAUCAGUUUCAUAAAACCUUAAAUUCUGUAUUCAAAUUCUCAUGGGAUUUUUUACUUCCUUAAUUUUCUUUCUCAA